UGACUUAUCAAAAACAAUAAUAAUAAAUAAUAAUUAAAAAUAUUGUUGCUUCCUGAAUCCCGAAUUAGUAUCGAAAAAUUUGAAAAUUUUCAUUAUAUUUUAAGUCAAAAAAACGAUUUACAAUGUCCUGGCAAAUUUGUUAACGAUCUUGUUUACCCACAUACCAAACUAAAAUGACUGAUGACCUUUCACGCAACCAAGCUGCUCGCCUACGGCAAGAACGUUGGGAGCAUCAUAUGCACGGCCUUUGUAUACUUGACAAUCACUUGAAUGUCGAAAUGGAAAUAGCCUCUCACCGAUCAGCUGUACUCAACCAUCUUGUCGAGCAAGCCAACAGGGUUAAGGAUUUAUGGCUUGAAUUUCAACGAAAAUCUGAUAAUGGACAGGUAUUGGAAGAUACUGCUGUACAAAUGGCUAUUGAACAACACGGUCUACAAAGUCAUAAUUUCCAUCAGCCGCAAUUGCAAAAUAAAACAAUUGUGUCACAACCUCAAAGUAAACCUCCAGAAAUAGAUUGCGAUGAUGUUUUCAAUCAAGCUGUAUCUGCAGCAAUUGUCGCAAAUGGAUUAAUUACUACUACAUCUACAACUCUACCAGAAAAUUAUAACAUGUAAUAUAUUUAUGUAAAUAACAUUUUAUAUCAUCACAUGGGACAACAUCUUAGAAAGAAAAAAAUAUUUCUAUAUCAUUAUGUCACAACUUUUAGAAAAAUUUGAAAAAUAUUUUUAACCUGAAUAUGUGAUAGAAACAUACCAAUUUUUUUUUAAAAAAAAUAACGUUUCAUUUAAUUUAUUUUUUUCAUGUAAUCUCAUUGUUUAUCUUAUUUUUUUAUUUAGGUUACAUUUAUUUACAACUUGUCUAAGUCUUCUUUUACUUUACCUAUUAUUUUUAGUGAAAUUAUUUAUUUAAUUUUUUAACUGUUUGUUUUUCAAACUAUUGUAUAUUUUCUUAAAACAUAGUACGUAAAUUACAACAUUUUAUUAUGUUUUUUUUCUUAUAUUUAAACUACAGAUGGUGAUAGAAAUAAUAUUUUAUAUAUUUAUAAAACAAAUAUAAAAACUUGUUAGAUAAUUAUAUUAGUCCCUAUUGUGAUUGAUAUGAAUCGAUGAAAGGUUUAUGUUAACUAAAUGUGGUUUAUUCCACAAUACAAAAUAUAUGUAUACAAAUAUAUUUUGUUUUAUAGAUGUGUUCAAAUUACAAUAAUAACUAUGUGUACAUAAUACAUAAGUAUAUUAUUAUUUUUUA